AUGAAUCAACUUUUUACCAAUCCCCUAAUCUCUUCCAAUUUAUUCCAUUAAACUUAGACACUUACCUAACCCUUUCCCUUUUAAAAUCCUCUAUAAAUAUAUUAUUCAUAAUUUUAAGUACCAUACAAUUUUGCCCCAAUUCAUAAUUACUAGAGUUAGUAACAAAUGCUAUUUUAUAGUCACAAUGAUUAAAGUAAUACUCUUACUUAUCUUAGUCAUCCAAGCUGAAAACUCAACCAACUCUAAAAAUGUGACUUUGUCUAUAUAAUAUUCUCCAAGUGAUAAUCAAUUUUUGAAUGCCAUUAAUCAGCAUCUUUUGAAUAAAUAAACUAUUCGUGAAUACAUUCUGUUAAUUAUUGAUGAUCACACUCAAAUCCAUCAUAUAACUUAAAAGCUGAGAGAAAUCAAUUAAACUCAAUUAGCUCAAAUAUUAGAAAUUUUAGCUAUGAAAUAGUAACAGCAAAUCAAGAGUAGAGAAGAAUUAAUAAAGUUUUGUCUUAGAAAAGCAUUCAGGUUUAUAUUUAAGAGUAUAUCAGAAAAAAACAAUAUUUCAAGUAUAUUUCUCCACAAUCAAUUAGAAACUAACUUAAAAACAGCUCGUUAAGAAUUUUUAUAAAUAAUUGAACAAGAAAUAAAAAUUCCACUAAUUCUUCCAUUUAGAAAAAACAGCAAAAAUAAAACAAUGAAUAAUGAUUUCCUAAAACAAUUAUUUUCAUCUUAAAUUUUCUAAACUUUUUACAGAGAGUUUUUAGGUAUUCUUCUUUCUGUUAUUUUAGAUCAUUUUGAUGAUGCUAUAAAAGCAGAUAGAAAAAAUAAGAUUGACAAACUAUAGGACAAAAUUUGGAUGAGCUUAAGAAAUAAUAGUUCUGUAAAUAUAUACAUAAUCCUAGGCAUCCAUCGAUAUAAAACGACUUCCUUGGUCAUUUAAAAAUACAGAAAGAGUUAAAACAAUAGCAUUUGAGUUGAUGACAUUUUCAUAAAAUCAUUAAAAUUGA